CCACUUUAUCCUAAAGUGUUUAGGCAAGCUGUCAGUGCUACGCUGCUCUAUGAAUCUCUUCUUCGAUAGUCGCUACGUGAUGCAUCCAAAGACACCCGGCUUAAUCACCCAUAGUUGCCUAUACGCAGCUCAGAUAUAUCAUGUCAAUAACACAAAAGCAUCCCCAAAUAUGGUGGGAACUUCUUAAACGCGUCUCCGCUUUUCGCUAUGGCUUGCAUACCUUUCUGGAGAAACGAGUCAAACGACGCCACACUUGCCCCACGUCUAUUAGUGGAGACAGAUCUCGAAGACACCCGGCCAAGGGCCACCAUUAUCGAGAGAAAGACGUCUAUCACAGCUUACAGAACCAUGUCCAUUGCAUAUGGGGAUGGCUACACAUCUCAUCACGAUCUCAAGAAUCCGUGGAGUACAAACCCCUCGCAGCCAGCUUAGACGUCACAGAAAUAUUAACGAGAUCUGAUACCGAUAGAACCGACAUCUCGGUAGGUGCUCACUGCCGAGGGUACAUCCAAAUUGAACUCAUGUGCCACCAUGUCAAUUUUCAAGGUUUCUUCUCGCAAGUAGCCACAACAGAAGAGGGGAACAUGACUGGAGGAACCCUUUCCACCAUUGGAAACUUGAAGGCUGCGGUCGGCGAACGACGUACUUGA